AAUAAAAAUGUCUGGUGGUAAAUCUGGUGGAAAAUCUGCUUCUGGCUCAAAGUCUCAAACCCGUUCUUCUAAGGCCGGUCUUCAAUUCCCCGUUGGUCGUAUUCACCGUCUUCUUCGUCGUGGUAACUAUGCUCAACGUGUAGGUGCCGGUGCUCCCGUUUACCUUGCUGCUGUUCUUGAAUACCUUGCUGCUGAAAUUCUUGAAUUGGCUGGUAACGCUGCUCGUGAUAACAAGAAGUCUCGUAUCAUUCCUCGUCACUUGCAAUUAGCCAUCCGUAACGAUGAAGAAUUGAACAAACUCCUUGGUCACGUCACUAUUGCUCAAGGUGGUGUUCUUCCUAACAUUCAUGCUUCCUUAUUGCCUACUAAGAGUAAGAAGGCUGCUGGUGCCCAAGACGCUUAGAUGCCUUAAUAAAUAUGUACACGUCAAUAUAUACACAUAAAUAUAUAUAAAUAUUGAACAAUAAGUAUAAAAUCAAAAAAAAUUUUUUUAUUCUGUUAUUUACCAUUUACAUUAUUUGUGCAGAACUUCCAACAUAUAUAUUGGAAAUAGUAUUCCCCUCCCUUGUUUUUUUAUUAUUAUUAUUUAUUCUAUUGUUGAAUGAUAUGUAUAUAAAAAAACACACCCCUUUCCCCAUUAUUUAUUAAAAGAUCUUCAAGUCUUAUAU